CUGGCUGCUCGGCCCGGUGGUGCUCCCGCCGCCGCCGUCGCCGUCUCCCGUCGCCGCUCCCCGCCCCUCGCCCCUCGCCGUCGCCCCGCCUGGCGGAUGGCCGGAGCGCGGGGCCGGGGCGGCUGCCGCAGGGGAGCGGGGAGCGGGCAGCAGCGGGGCAGCGGCGCGCACAGCCGCGCGGGGCGCCCGUCGCCAUGGCAGCGCCGGCUCCGGCGAGAGUGAAUCUCGUGCCCUGAAUUUCCGAGGGAACCUUUGAAAAGGAUCUUCCCCUCCCCGACAUCUCCCUGUUGUUUGCCCGGUCUGCCCUGUGCUGUGCAGGAAAGCUUGAAGAGCAGCCUGAGCCCUGAAGGACAACAAAAAGGACAACACAGUGAGGGUACUGUGAGGCCUUACAUAGGGAACCCUCUGAAUUCUUUCCUCACCCUUCAGUCUUUGACAGCCUUGGCAGGAACCUCUGCCUGGCCACAAGCGUGGCAUUUGGUGAGAGGGGUAUUACACACAGUGUAUGCACCACCUUCACUAUUCCUGCAGGACCUUGGUCCUGUGUCCCAUCUUCUCAGAAACCUUUGGCUAUCUCCUCAGUCACUAGGACACUGGGCAACAGGCAUCUGCUACUACCAAACUGUUCAGAGUCCCCAGCAAUCCCCAUUUGUGUGUGGCCAGCAGAAGGUGGUCCCUGAGACAGAGGGUGCCUGGUGUGCAGUUGAAGUAAGGAGAGCUUUUUCCUUGGGGGAAGAGUGGACAAGGGGGAUGAAAUAGAUGGGGAGAGGAAAAAAAAGUGAGGCUCAGCAAGUAGGGGACGAAGCUCUGGCAAGUGUUCAUGAGAGAGAAAGAAGGUGGAAGAAAGAAAAAAAAAGAGAACAAGGGAAAAAACAGGUGAAAAAGUUAAAACAAGGGGAAGAAAUAUAAGCACACAGAGUGGAAGGGGAGGACUGAGACAGUUGACUGCUGUUCCACCUAGCACCUGGUGGCAAUGCCUUGAGGAAAUCCAGUGUGCGUGCACCUUGCGUUGCAGCAGCAGAUGAGGAGGGACGUGGCUCCCCCAGCGUGGAGCCCCCCUAACAGAGCCCAAGCAGCAGAGACAGGGAGCAACCCAGGAGGGCUGGCAGCAUGGGGGACUCUGAAUCAGAGUCCACCUUGCACAACAACUCACUGUGGUGGCUGGCAUGUGGGAUGCUAGCCCUGUUGGCCAACUCUUGGAUUAUCCUCAGCAUCACAGCCAAACAACAGAAACACAAGCCCCUGGAGCUGCUGCUGUGCUUCCUUGCCGGGACACACAUCCUCAUGGCAGCAGUGCCGCUCACCACCUACGCUGUGGUGCAGCUGCGGCGGGAGUCCUCCGACUACGACUGGAAUGAAAGCAUCUGCAAGGUCUUUGUCUCCACGUACUACACCCUGGCCCUGGCCACCUGCUUUACAGUGGCCUCCCUCUCCUACCACCGCAUGUGGAUGGUGAGGUGGCCGGUCAACUACCGUCUGAGCAAUGCCAAGAAGCAGGCUCUGCACGCAGUCAUGGGUAUCUGGAUGGUGUCCUUCAUCCUGUCCACGCUGCCCUCCAUCGGCUGGCACAACAACGGUGAGCGCUACUACGCCCGUGGCUGCCAGUUCAUCGUCAGCAAGAUAGGGCUGGGCUUUGGGGUCUGCUUCAGCCUCCUGCUGCUCGGAGGAAUCGUCAUGGGCUUGGUGUGCGUGGGGAUCACUUUCUACCAGACUCUGUGGGCACACAGAAGACUCCAGCGGUGUCGCCAUCAGAGAGCAGAGGAAGCGUCGUCCUGCUCUUCAUCAGCACACGCCACUUUCAACGUGCCAGCCAUCGUGGUGGAGGAUGUCCGAGGCAAAAGAAGGUCUUCCCUGGAUGGCUCUGAGUCAGCCAAGACCUCCCUGCAGAUGACCAACCUUAUCAGUGCGAUUGUCUUUCUGUAUGACACGCUCACCGGGGUACCCAUCUUGGUUGUGAGUUUCUUCAGCCUGCGCUAUGAUACGGCCCCCACCUGGAUGGUCCUGGCUGUGCUGUGGUGCUCCAUGGUGCAGACCCUGCUGCUCCCCUCCUUCAUCUGGUCCUGUGAGCGCUACCGAGCGGAUCUCCGCACCGUGUGGGAGCAGUGUGUGGCUAUCAUGUCUGAGGAUGAUGGGGAUGAUGAUGGUGUGUGUGAUGAUUACGGCGAUGGCAGGAUCUGCAAGGUGAGAUUUGAUGCGAAUGGCGCUGCAGCCGUGAAGCGGGACUCCCGGGACAUCAAGCUGCUACCCAUGCACCACAUGCUGUUGCCCCAAGACAAGGUGCAUUACCUGCAGGUCCCUCUCUCUCGGAGGAUGUCGCAUGAUGAGACUAACAUCUUUGCCACCCACCGCUCUGCUCCAUCCUUCCUACACAAGUGGUCCUCGUCUGACGACAUCCGCAUCGCCACUCCCCGCAAGCCCGGUGGCCCCGGCUUCUUGCCUUCCCAGCUGCAUGACUACCAGCAGCGCCGGCGGCCCUCCGAGGAUGAGCUGACCACCCUUCGGCAGUUCCUGGAGGCGGGGCUGAUACCGCGGGCCGCCAGCUCCAGCGCCUGCUUCUUCCGAGAUGAGAUCACCACCUUCAUCGAUGAGACGCCGCAGCCCAGCCCGGCCUGCAGCCCGCGGCACUCCCGGCUCCUGCUAGCAGCGCACCGAGACCGGCGCCUCUCCCUCGGCAGCAGGGAGGAGGAGAAUGCUGAGUGGCCUCGGCGCGGCUCCUUGGCUGCCAACGAAGCCUGGCACCCGCAGGACGGAGAGGAGGCAUCGCAUGAAAGGACCCUUGAGGCCUGUGAGGCACAGACCUUCCAGGAUCCCAGACUAUGAGAGACAGCAUCAAAAACGUUCAGUGCCAUCACGAUUUUUAAAUAAAACUUCCAAGCGUUCCCUCCUGUCCCAGGACCCGAUCACUACUUCACAUUCUCAUCUCUCUUGCCAAGCAGCAGGAAGGAAGCACCGGGGGGGGGGGAGGGGGAAAGAAGUGGGACAGACCCUCUGACGGGCGUGGGAAGGACUGACAGCCUGUGCCUGCUCUCAGGUUCCAAACACACCCUCUGCUGCCACUGCCACUCGGCACCCUCGCCAGUCCCAUCCCUUUGUGAGCUCCACCCUCGCCUCCGCUCUGCCCUGAGACAAUGCAGGCGCAGAAUGGUAUUAAAGUUCUAUCUUUGG